AUGCUAAAGGAAGCAAAAACCCAAGCAAAAGCUCAAGUUGGGAUUGAAGCCCUGUGGAGGGCUUUAGCCAAGAAUUUAUGGGUUAUAAUUCCAAGAGUUAUACCAAAUUUGGUGAAAGAUGCAGAAAUGAUAGAAGGAGAUGGUGGCCUUGGUACUGUUUUUCUCUUCAAUUUUGGCUCGGGUGUAUCUAAUAGCAUCAGCUACCAGAAGGAGAAAAUUGUGGAACUUGAUGAAUCACUGCAUCAAAUUGGGCUGAAAGUGAUAGAAGGUGGUCACCUGAAUCUCGGCUUUGCUUCAUACAAAACUACAUUCCAACUGACUGCAAUCGGAGAGUCAGAGACCCUAGUUGGUUUCAAGGUAGUUUAUGAGACUGAAACAGAAGAAACUCAUAUCCCAGGGGAGACAUCAAAGUCGGCACUUGCUUUCAUCAACUGCCUCGAAAACUAUCUAUUAAACCAAGGUCUCUGA